AUGAUGAACGCUCACCCGCUAUCUCACUGCCGGUGCCACUGCUGUGUUUCAGAGGUAUUGCCAGGUGGACUUUCGAAGGGCAGCGGCGGGGGGUUGGAGACGACGACAGUGGCAGAGGCAACCACGCGUGACCUGCUGCGAUCGCCGCCUUCUUCUUGGAAUCCUGGCGGCGAUGGCAGAGGAAGGAAGGCGGCGCAGUCGCCGCGCUCUCCGAGCACGUGGGCGACAUCGGCGAGGGACUUGCUGACAGGUUUGACGUCGUCUCCUUCACCUCCUCGCCCCUUACGGUUCUCUGUCGGAAGCGGCGGCGGAGGUUUCGGGCGCCGAAACUCAGUGGGAGGAGGACGACCAGGAAAAGGAGCGGUGGCCGCCGCGGACGGGGUGUUGUUGGCGUCGCGUGUGCUCGCUGGAGUGACCGAGGUCCACGCGGAUGGGGUUGAGGCAGCUCUCGCGUUGUUCCGGCGGGGCCUGCGGAACCGCCGCAAGGAAGGUCAUGUUGUCAUCUCCGCGAGACUAGUCUCGGUGGGCGGCAGUGACAAGCGUGUCGACAAGAAACGGGUGCUGGAUAGUGCGUUGGAAACGGGGGAGCUGGUGUUCGUCGAGCUUGGCGAUUGCCCAAACGGUGAUCUUCCCCAGACGCUCCGGACUGCACUGGCACACCUCAAGGUCGGAAACCAUGGUCUAGGAGGAGUGGACCCCCGAGCGCCUAGAUCAUCACGACUAGCGACCACCAAGAAGGCAGCAGGCGUGUCGCCGCCGCUGAGUGAGCAGAGUGGCGGUAACAACGUUCGCGAUGGCGGCGGCGGUCUCCGCCAUGAUCCGUUGUGGGCGCUCUUGAGCGCGUUCGCCCAGGCCGGAACAGGGGGGGCGGACACCCAUUUGAGGAGUCCCAUGACGGUUACAGACGAAGGAGGCGGUAGAGCUGACUUGCGGCCAUCAACACCGCAUUCUCCCAGAGAGGUAGCUAUAACGGGUACCAUGAGGGGGCCAAGGGCAGGGGAGGGGGGGGCGGCGAGGGGAGCGGCGGUGGGGAGGGGCCCGCUGGUAGUGUCUGUCAUGGCCACGCUGCGCUCGGGAGAUGGCCGCUUUCAGGAAGAGAAGGCCUUGCUCCAGAUAAUGGUGUCGAUGCCGAGCUUCUCAUGGCGCUCUUCGCCUACGGGUCCUGCUGGCACGGCGGCAGCGGCUGCUGCUGCGGUGGCGGUGGCAUACGGCUCGACAGCGGCGUCGGCGGCCGCUGUUCCCUCCGCUCCGCCGGCCUCUUCCUCAGAAGAGGCGUCGGUGGCGAGGUCAAGCUCCGCGUUCUCACGCUCGGCGUCGUGUUCCUUGUCCAGCAGUGAAGCAGCCGCUACUGCUGCUACUGCUACCGCCGCGGCCAUUGGUGCCGGCGGGGACGUUAUCGUGUCUAGCGGUGCUGCCGAUGGUGGUUUUUGCCCUCCAACCUUUCCAUCGAGCGGGGCAACUUCCCUCACGACCGAGGAAGACGUGGUGUGCGGCGUCGGGAACAGCAGUACGCCGUUUGGCAAUGGCAGCGGCAGCACUGCCCAGGCUGUCGGUGGCAACCUCGCGCUGCAGAACCUAGGCGAUCUGGCGACCUGUGGGGGACAUGAUUCAGCGAGGACCGGCGGAGAUCGUUCUGGUAGCGUCAGCAGUCACAGGUUUUCGAUCGAAGAAGCGGACGAGGAAGCGGGGAAGGCAGGGGGUACGAUGAAGGCCUCAUCGGAGAACCAGAACUCCGAGCGGCGUAUGAGCCCGCCGUGGGACGACUCCAUGCUAGGUCUCCGCGGCCUCACCCCAGAUGAGCUGGUUGCUAGGGUGCUCCAGGCAGAGAAAGAGUCGCGCCACUGGCAAGCCCAGCACGCGCUUGUCGACCGCAAACUAACCAACCUGUUGACGGCGAUGACGAAGCACAGCCGACGACCUGGCGGCGACGGUGGCCGCAGCGUCUACAGCGGCGGCAGCCUCAACGCCGAUCGCGGAGAUGGGGAGGAUGAUCGCAUCGAGGGAGCAUCACUAGCAGCAGGAACACGAGACGUGGCGGGACGGGACGGGGUCAAGGUGCGCUACGGCAGCUUUGGUGGUGGAGGCGGUGGCGGAGGCGGAACAUCAACGAGACAAGAACUCCCCGACUCCAAACGUUCGUUGGCGUCCCACCAAGAUGACGUUGCCGCUUCGUUCCGUGGCGGCGGCGGCGGCGGCGGCAGCGGCAGCGUGGAGGACGCGUGGAAGGAGAGGCCUCCGGGUGUUGGGCCGUGGCCGUUGUUCGAACAGACGAGAGAGGGUAGGGCUUCCCUCGAUGACAAGCUGCGCGUCAGCAACCGCGGAUCCGCUGGCUCCGGUGGAGGGACGAGAAAGUUCGAAAGUUCAACACCGCCGGAAACGAAAGAGCCAGGAGGGGAUGGUGGAAAGGCCCUGGGGAAGCCGAACAGGGAUUACGGCACCCCGUACGGCGACGAGCAGGACCGGGGUCGACAAAACGCACGCCCACAACCAAUCCUCCGAGGGGUUCAAGCUGAUGGUACCGGCUGGGUGGGACCCUCCCAAGCAACGGUCUGGUGCUGGGAAGGGGCAGUUCCAGACGUAUUUCAGGCGAGCACGGAACAAAGACCGUGGGACGUGUAG